CCGAACACCUGUAUAAGCAGCAUUUUUUAUGCCCAAGUGUGCAUGGAUCCUUAAAGUGUUACUAAACCCAGGACCCUGCAUUCACUAUAUCUGGUCUCCCACAGACCCUGCAUUCACUAUAUCUGGUCUCCCACAGUACACACAACAUGGAAGUGCAAUUGUGGUAAAUGUAAACCUGACUACCUUUUCCCAUCAGCAGUUAGAGCAUGUGACUUCUAUCAGUGUCCAGCAGAGCACAUGUUAAAGCUCGUAGGAGUUUUACAUUCUGCUCUAG